AGCCUCAUUCCCUAUUCUUUUUAGCCCUCUUGAUGAAUGAGUGACUCUACUUUGUCGAUAGUGAUUGAUACACUUACAUUACAUGUACAGCAGGUGCGCCUUGCCUGCAUUUUUGUCCUUGAUUCCACGCUAACGAAACCAGGGAGUCAGUGGUAAAUAGUUUCAUGAAAUGUAGACAUUGAUUCCUUCGUGGUCAACAUUGAUGUCCUGACAUAGAAAUAGACAAAGUUUUUAGUAUGUCGUCAGUUGCACUUAGCAUGUUGUUGUCCUUGCAAUCUAUCUAAAUACUCGCUUCAUCUAGUCUUGUGUUUAGCAGACAGUAGAACACAGAGAUCGUUGUAGUAAGAAGUUCUUUAUCUCCACGACAAGAGGACGCAUGUUCAAUAUCUUCUAGACUUAGUCCUUAUCAAAAAUGUCAUAGUUGUAUGCCAAUAUCUUCGACGCACAAUCGCACACACCAGUGCUGGAGAAGGUGAGACACAGACACAGUGCGAAUUGGUAGUUGUGUCAACAGAGCUGAGUCCAUUGGCAUUACAUUGUCUCAUUGGCAUUGCGUGUACAACCAGGGAAACUGAAAGCGUGGCGAUCUCGUUCACCACGAGCUGAAUUUUUUUCCUAGGAGAACAAUCGAAAGGUGGAGCAUCUUCAGCAACUGUUAUUGGGAGCAAAAACGCACUGGCUUCAGCAACUACUUGUGUCUGUGCCGUCAAGAAUCUUCAGUGAAACAACCAAACAGUACAACUAGUCGAAGUGCGCAGGAUCAUCCAUUUCUACCUCUACGCGGCUUGAGACAUACGUGUGGACAUGUUCUUGCAGCUUUCUAUAGCAGAAGUUACCCUUGAGCAUAUGAAAUAAAUCCGGAAGCCCACUUGUUGAAUACUGAAAACGUUCUUCCUACGGCUACGCCAAGAACGCAUCACACGAACAGGAGUGAGUUGUACUUGCGACAUCUUGUUCCAUCCUCUGCACAUCACAAGCCGUUGUUGCAGAAAUCCAACAAGAACUGCACGCAAUCGGGAGAAUCCUGCACUGUUGAAGCAGAACUCAUCUCCUCUUGAUCGUCUUCUUGCAAAAGGGCAAGAAGACGAUCUAAAAAGAUGGACGGUUCCACCAGACGAGGCCGCUCGAGCUCAAAAGCUCAAGCGAAUCGCCUGCAAAAGGCGAACAAAGAGGAGAAGGACUUCAAGGAUCAAACUACGAAGAAGAAUCUGACGAAUGUCCAAACAAAAUUGUCCAGAAACAUGAGCGAACUCCAUGACGUACUCUUAAUAUUUAUUAGAAGAUGUUGACAUCUUAAUCUAUAUAUAAGGGGGUUAUCUACUUUUUUCUAGUUAGCGUUAGGUCGGCUCCGCCACAUAAAUUAGAAAUCAUCUUAAUAUAAGGGGGUUAUCUACUACUUUUUUCUAGUUAGGUCGGCUCCGCCACAUAUAUUUAUUAGAAAUCAUCUUAAUAUAAGGUUAAGGGGGUCGUAGAUUAGAGUUUGACUAAACACCGUCUAGUCCUUUCAACAUAGUCUUAGUAUUUUAUUAAUACCCCUUUUUUUUCUAGUUAGACCUCCACUAGAUGAAUCGUAUUACCCGUUCUGCCAACUUCUCUCUCUUUCUCUCUCUCUUCUUUCAACCUUUCAUCUGCAAACUCUCGCUCUCUUCUUCUUCUUCUUCUUCUUCUUCUUCUUCUUCUUCUUCUUCUUCUUCUUGGUACUCUUGUUUUCGGAACAUCGACGUGAAGUUUUUCUCUACUCCUAAAUGGUCUACUCCUAAAUUUUCAGACAAUAUUGCCGAUUAUGAUGCAGAAUAAAGUGGCAGAGGAGAGAGGACGGUCCGGAUCAAUGAGCAGGUUAUCCAGUAAAAGGAGGACAACUUUCGGUAGUGAAGAGGCAGAGAUACAAGCGAAACGAAUGGCUCAAGUAUUAAAAUUUGAGACUCUGGCUAAGAUAUUUGGGGAGAAUGAGUAUUCUAAAUGAUUGUACUCUCAGUAGUGGCUAAGUACCAGCAUACUAGUCCGGUAGCUGUCUUGCCUGUGUCUUCAAGAUGAAAUGUAGUAACUAAUGAUCCUUCAAUAUCAAAAAUUUUCAUCAGACUUGUAUCACUUACAGCAACUGGUGCUCUCACAUGAUCAUCUACAACUACAGGGAAGUUUAUUUGUUUUCGAACAACUACAAGGUAAUGCUCAACGGAAAGGGGCAGCAAGGACAACUCCUAGCGGCUUUAAACGCGGAUAUAGUAGCGUCGAAAGCUGGAAAUAAAGAACACCCUCUAGAGACCGCAGAUCUUCGCGCUUUGAUCAAAAUCGACGACCGACUCGAUAUGUCGAAAAUAGGUAGUGAAGAUGCUUUAAUAUAACCUGAUGCAACGAACUAACUAAUUAAGCCAUCUAUAAUACCCCGCGAUUGGGUACACUACUACUACUAAUAUCCUGCUCCAUCUUAGUUCUUCUCCCACCAAUGAGCCACUUGCUACCACUCUACGUUUUUUUCUAGUUGUCCUACCACUCUCCUACCACUCAGGUGCCGCGAAGUAUCGAGCAGUAUCAGAGGAACAACUUCGAGAGGCGCAGUGGAGGAAGGAAGAGGAAGAACGAGUUAAGAAGGAGGAGGCGGAGCGAAAAGCCCGGAGACUCGAGGAUGAUGAUCAGACGCCAAGCCCAAUCAAUCUUAUGAAAGGAUGAACUUUCUUAGACCUUAAUAAAAAACUAAUAGAGUUAAACUGAACCUGAAGCGUAGCUUUGAAUAAAGGAAGAACUUUUUCGUCGCGGCCUUCUUGCUUUUCUGAUGCAUCCUAAUUAAGUUGUGAACUCAUACCUCAUGCUAGGUAAAUGAAUGAAUGAAUGAAAGGAUCAUGAUAAUGGAUGAUAUUUACUCCAUCCUUACGACCCUGGAGGCUGCCCUUUUCCCCGUUAAAGUGUACUAUAGCUGCAGGGGGGCCUCGGUGGUCUGGCUAGACGGAAAAACACAGGAAUGAUGAUGAUUACCUCUUCACUUCUUACCAUGUCAACACCAUAGAAGAUAUCACUACUUCGUAUCUUCCCAAGCACCAUUACACGACCAAAAAAUCCACCACGACUAGGAUACCAAAGUUUUCAUACUGAAGGUGAGGACGCCACGAAUGAGGCAUGUGCGGAGCUAUAGGUGUGCGACAGCCAGGGAUCUCCACUUGCUCCGGAAGGAGAACGUUAGAGAUCCGGAAAAAGAGAAGAAAAAGAUGCAACACUUAAUGAAUUCUGGUGGAGUUUAGAUGUGAUGCUGGGAUCUUUGUAGAGGAGAUUUGAUUCUCAUCUGCCAAGAAAAUGUUGGAGUUAUGUUGAUAUGAUUAUAAGCAUAUCAAUCUUGAUGUUGUGAAGAUGUCGACAUUUAUUUUUGAAAGUGAUCAUCUGAAUGUCAUCAUCGCCGAAACAAGCUAGAACAAGUGUUAUCUUCAUCUACUGAUCAAUACCUAUGAUCACGUCAUCAGCACCAUGAACUAGAACUCCUAUGUCUGUGUCCUCGUAGGAAAGCAGAUAUUGAAAAAGAGCAGAGCUUCAACUUCUCUGGAAUACAACAUCCAUUCGACACUGGUAGUCGUCUAGUACAUGGAUGAAGACAACUGUAGUUCUACUUAUUCUUAUACCAUCGCCAUCAGGAAAAUCGUCAGGGAAAGUACAGGCACCUCCUUGCUGAAUAGAUUCACACUAUCACGCUUACUCUUAUACCUUCUACAAGAACUACAAGUAGAACUACUGGUGAUACCAUAAACGCAAACAAGUCAGAGUCGUGGAUCUUCAAACAAGUAAUACAACACAUCCAUCUAGUCGAUCUACCGCAAGAAGACAUCGAAUUCGAAAAUGAUGACCCCUCCUCCCUGCUCCAGCUCCACCCCUACUUCCACCUUCCCAGAUUUUUGAUAUUGCAACUUCCUACAACGACCUCAAUUUGUAAAGUCAUCUCAACUGAUCACCCGAGGACAAGUACAGGAGGACAAUGUUGAACUAGGACAUCGAGGGAGAUCUCUUCAACUAGGACAUCGAGGGAGAUCUCUUCAACUAGGACACCUCGAGCGAAUUUUGGUAUCGUUGAGAAAUGUGGUAGC